AUGCAUCACAGAUACGUAGACACAGAUGCAGACCCUCACAACUCAACGAGGGGCUUCUUCUAUUCGCACAUGGGCUGGUUGGUGGUCAGGAAACAUCCGGAGAUUUUGAAACGGUGCAAGUUUAUAGACUUGAGCGACCUCUACGAAAACCCCGUUCUUCAGUUUCAAAAGAAAUAUAAGAUCCCCUUUAUAGGCACCAUGUGUUUCUUGAUGCCAACAAUAGUCCCGAUCUACUUCUGGAAUGAGAGCUUCAACGUUGCCUGGCACCUCUGCAUCUUAAGAUACGCCGUCAACCUACACGCGACCUUCACGAUCAACAGCUUUGCCCAUCUAUGGGGUUAUAGACCAUACGACAAGAGCAUACAGCCCGUUCAGAACGAAUUCGUGAGUCUGGUAAGCAUGGGCGAAGGUUUCCACAACUUCCACCACGUGUAUCCUUGGGAUUACAGAGCCGGUGAGUUGGGCAAUAACAUGUUGAACCUGACGACAUUAUUUAUUGAUCUCUUCGCGAAAAUCGGUUGGGCGUAUGACCUGAAGACUGUGCCAAAAGACCUGGUGGAUAAGCGGGCUAGACGAACUGGUGAUGGUACGGAUCUGUGGGGGCGAAAAUUGGAAGAUGCGAACGAAUUUUAG